GAAAGCCAGUGACGGGCGGGGGGAGGGACAAGGGACUAAGAAAAAUAAAUAAAGACAAUUCUCCAGUUCCAGUCACCGGCAUUACCUUGUGAAGGACUACAGCACUCAUACUGGCUAAAGUGUCCCUCGCCCCCCGCCCAGGGGGUUGGGUGUACCAUAGGAGUCCUGCGAGUUAGCCUAAAUGUCCAAGAAGGAGGACCCCCGGGACAUUGAUGAGGAUGCCAUCCUCAAGGGCAUGAGCCCUGAGGAGCUGGAUCGCCUGGAGGAAGAGCUGCAGGAGCUGGAUCCAGAGAAUGCCAUUCUGCCAGCUGGGUUCCGUCAGCGCGACCAGACAAAGAAGAGCCCAACAGGGCCCUUUGAUCGGGAAGCCCUGGUGAAGCACCUAAGGAAGCAGGCUCUGGAAUACCAGGACCGGAAUGACCUGCUUCCCUUCACCAGAGAGAAGAAAGGCAAGGUAUUCUUACCCAAGCCUGGCUAUGGUCAAAUCCCCAUCAAUGAGCAGAUUAACCUGGAACCAGAGCUAGAGGAAGCUCUAAAGAAUGCCACUGAUGCUGAAAUGUGUGACAUUGCAGCUAUCUUGGGAAUGUACACACUGAUGAGCAACAAGCAGUAUUAUGAUGCUUUGGGCUGCACUGGCAUCAUUGCCAACACAGAGGGCAUCAACAGUGUGGUGAAGCCAGACCAAUACAAAAUCUACCCAGAUGAGCCCCCCAACCCCACAAAUGUUGAGGACACGCUUCAAAAGAUCCAGACAAAUGACAACAGUCUCACCCAAGUCAACCUCAACAACAUCAAGGACCUUCCUGUCCAAACACUGAAAGAAAUCCUCCAGGCCAUGAAGACUAACUCCAAUGUGAGGACAUUGAGUAUAGCGGCGACUCGCUGCAGUGACCCUGUGGCUUUUGUUGUGGCUGAAAUGUUGCAGGCCAACAAGAGUCUGCAGAUUCUUAACAUUGAGUCUAACUUCAUCACUGGGAAUGGGAUGAAGGCUAUUGUCAGGGCCCUGGCUGCUAACACAACGCUGACUGAAAUCAAGAUCGGCAAUCAGAGACAGCAGUUAGGAGACUCUGUGGAAAUGGAGAUCGCUAGCAUGCUGGAGAACAACCCGGCCAUCGUGAGAAUUGGGUACCACUUCAGCCAGCAGGGCCCCCGCGCCAGGGCAACCAUGGCCAUCACCAGAAACACCGACAUCCUUCGCCAACAGAGAGUAAGAUGAAAGAAGCCCAUAUGAUCUUAGAGCUGCCAAGCCCGUGCUCUCUGGAGAUCCAACACAUUAUGCCUCCAUGCCUGAAACCUCAAUCAACACCAGCUCUGCCAGAGGACUACGAUGAACCCAGUUACCCUUUGUGCCAAUUAAUAUAAUGUUUUUCUAUCCUCACAUGGUCCAGUGUUAUCCUUUCCAGGCCAAAGAUUUCCAUUCAACAAUAUACUGAUUCUAUCGGUCAUGGUUUUUGUUUGAAUCUGGAAUGAAGGGAUCUGUACUAGGAGUUAUUGAUUGAAGGGUGGAAAAUCUUGAUAUUAUGUAGUAUGCGAGACUAACAAAAAGGAGAAUGGAAAACCAAAUUUCACCAAAAUAUCCCUACAUUUGCACUAAAUUUCAAAUCUGUACUAAUCAUACAUUUCAGUCAAUCAAUCAUUUUUCUGUAAAUAAUUUUAAUAAAAUGCUUCAAUUCUU